AUCGUGUGAAUACAACCAUUACAAUUGUGUGACUAUCAUUUAAAGCAUAAAGCAAACACAUGAUCCAAAUUUCAAAGUAAAGGAUAGGGAUACAUACGACACACACGAAAAAAACAAUCAAAGCAAAAAAAUGGGUUUCUCUCCAUCUUCUUCAUGGUUUCUUGAUCCUCAGCUUCAUCAUUUUGUUUCCAAGAUGUCUGUCUUCGAUGCCUUUUUGUUCUAUAUUGUGCACUUAGUGGACAAGUUAGAUUUGUGGCAUAGAUUUCCAGUGUUAUUGGGAGUGGCUUACUUGGGGAUGCGAAGACAUCUGCAUCAACGUUACAAUCUGGUACAUGUCGGUGGGAUCAACGGUCAGAGUUACGAUACCGAUGAGUUCUGUUAUCGUACGGCUGAUGGCAAGUGUAAUCAUCCCUCCGACGACUCCAUCGGCAGUCAAGGCAGCUUUAUCGGUCGGAAUAUGCCUCCCUCUACUUCUCAGUACGGCAUUUUGGAUCCACAUCCAAGUGUGGUGGCGACAAAGUUGUUAGCAAGAAAGAGAUUCAUAGACAAUGGGGACCAAUUUAACAUGAUAGCUUGUUCUUGGAUCCAGUUCAUGAUCCAUGAUUGGGUUGAUCACUUGGAAGACACCGACCAGAUUGAGCUUGAAGCUCCAGAAGAAGUAGCUAGUGGAUGUCCAUUAAAGUCCUUUAAGUUCCUCAAAACGAAGAAAGUUCCCACCGAUGAUCACCACAAAUCUGGCGCUGUCAACACUAGAACCCCUUGGUGGGAUGGGAGUGUAGUAUAUGGAAAUGACGAGGCCGGAAUGAGAAGAGUUAGGGUUUUCAAGGACGGAAAGCUAAAGAUCUCGGGUGAUGGCUUGUUGGAGCUGGACGAAAGAGGUGUUCCUAUCUCCGGUGAUAUAAGAAACAGCUGGUCAGGUUUCUCUCUGUUGCAAGCUCUCUUUGUCAAAGAACACAACGCCGUCUGUGACAUGCUCAAAGAACGGUAUCCAGAGUUUGAUGAUGAGAAACUGUACCGGACUGCUAGACUGGUGACUGCAGCGGUGAUCGCCAAGGUUCAUACAAUCGAUUGGACAAUAGAACUCUUAAAGACAGACACACUCACUGCCGGAAUGAGGAUCAAUUGGUAUGGUUUUUUAGGGAAGAAAGUGAAGGACAUGGUUGGAGCAAGAUUUGGUCCGAUACUUAGCGGAUUAGUUGGUCUGAAGAAACCGAAAGAUCAUGGAGUUCCGUAUUCCCUUACCGAAGAGUUCGUUAGUGUUUACAGGAUGCAUUGUCUUCUACCAGACACACUUAUCCUCCGAGAUAUGAAAUCUGAGAAUGUAGACAAAUCAAACCCUGCAAUAGAACGAGAGAUACCAAUGACAGAACUGAUCGGGAAAGCAGGAGGAAAAGCCGGUUCGAGAAUCGGGUUCGAGCAGUUACUGGUUUCAAUGGGACACCAAUCUUGUGGUGCAUUGACAUUGUGGAAUUACCCUAAUUGGAUGAGAAACCUUGUGGCUCAAGAUAUCGACGGAGAAGAUAGACCUCACCUUAUUGAUAUGGCUGCCUUGGAGAUUUAUAGAGAUAGGGAAAGAGGAGUCCCUCGAUACAACGAAUUCAGAAAGAAUCUGUUGAUGAGUCCGAUUAGUAAAUGGGAAGAUUUGACGGAUGAUUACGAAGCUAUCGAGGUUUUAAGAGAAGUGUAUGGAGAUGAUAUAGAGAAGCUUGACUUAAACGUGGGAUUGCACGCAGAGAAGAAGAUCAAAGGAUUCGCCAUUAGUGAAACUGCUUUCUUCAUCUUCCUCCUCGUCGCCUCCAGGAGGCUUGAAGCAGAUCGUUUUUUCACAACGAACUUCAACGAGAAGACGUAUACUAAAGAAGGAUUAGAGUGGGUCAACACUACAGAGACUUUAAAGGAUGUAAUAGACCGACACUUCCCGAGCUUAACCAAGCAAUGGAUGCGAUGUUCGAGCGCCUUCUCUGUCUGGGGCUCGGAUCCUAACCCAGCUACUUGGGUUCCUUUGUACCUCCGAACCGCUCCAUAGGCCAAUGGCCAUAGCCGUCGGAUAUCACGUUGCACAUGUAUAUUAGUGUCACGUGGUUCCUUGGUAUAUUUUUGGGGUGCACUGGAAUUGUGUACAAUGGUACAUAUGGCAUAAUCAUAUUAGUGGAAGAGGUUUAGACGUUAGUGUCUUUGGUUCAAUAAAACGAUUACCCCAAUUUCUCCUAA